AUGGAAUAUAAUCAUGUUGAUCAUGGUGACGUAUUAAUUAAUAAAGCUUUAUUGAAUAGUUUUAUUGAUUUACAUCGUUCACAACUUGAAUUAUCCGGUGUACCACAAAUUUUCUAUCCUACACUAUUUCAUAAACUUCAAAAUCAAAUUUUUGAUGCUGGUGAAUAUUUUGGUAUAGUUGAAGUAGAAAAUGAUGAAGGUGAUACUAUAAAACGUAAAGUUCGCGUAACCGGUGAACAUAAUCUACUCAAAACUGAUCCUUCCAUGAUUUUUCUUAUUGAUCAUGCAUAUACAUAUCGAAUAAAUAAUAUUCGAAAUGAACUUGAACAAUUACCUCAAUUAGUUGAACGACUUUCUCGAUUAAUGUUGAUAUCAUCUGAUGAAGAAAAUAAAAUUGAUGCUAUUAUUGAAAAUAUGUGGAAAUUUAAUCAUACAUAUACAUUAGCUGUUGAUGGUGGUAAUGCUGAAGAUCGUGAACCUUAUUGGUAUAUUCGAGAUGAAUUUGGUUCAGCUAUUGGACAUUCGGAACAAGCAAAUGUUCGUAUGGCACCUUUUCUUUCAAUGAUUGAUGGACAAAUGUAUACAUUAUUAUGGCUUAUUGAAGAUGUUGAAUGUAAUGAAUCAAUUACUGUUGAUUAUCUUUGUGGAACACGUGAUGAAUUAACUCGACGUGCUAAACUUGUUCCUUGGACUGAUGAUGAUCUAGCAGAAGAUAUUGAUUAUGAACAAAUUGAACCAAAUGAACAAUAUUUUAAUACUGGACGAGAAAGUGAAAGUCUUCCAUCAUCGGAUAAUUAUUCAAUAAUUGAUUUAACUAAAGUUAAUCGAAUAAUUAAUGUUUUUACUGAUGUUGAACUUAUUCGUAAUCAUUUACUUGAUAAACGUUUUCAAAUAGUUGAAAAUCAAUCUGAUGCUGAUAUUAUAUUUACAAGAAAACAUUUUAAAGAUUUCAAAAAAUUAUGUGAAGAUACUCAACAAUUAAUAAAUCAAUUUCCAUUUGAAAAUGUAAUCAAUAUAAAAGAUCUAUUAGCUGUUAUGUGUCGUCGAACAUCACCAGCAAUUAAUCAUCAAACACUUCAAUCCUAUCCAUUGUGGUUACCAACGACAUUUAAUUUAACAUAUGAAUUACCAAAAUUUAUUUCAUAUUAUCAAAAUCGAGAAAAAAAAAAUUUAGAUAAUCAUUGGAUUGUUAAACCAUUUAAUUUAGCACGAUCAAUUGAUACACAUGUAACACAAAAUUUAAAUGCUAUUAUACGAUUAGCUGACUCAGGGCCAAAGGUAAAAUAUUUAGAAUCACAAAUGAUUGUAACUCUUCAUCAUCCGAGAGUAACUUCUGUUGGAUAG